CCCUUCUACAGCAAUUGCAGGUGUGAUGAGAAACUCAAGAGACAAACUCUCCAGAAAACCAUAGGCAAUGAGACCUUGUUCCAGCCUGGAAAGGGACCAAACUGCAACCAGACUCCCAACCUCCCAGCAAGUGAUAUCCCACAAAACAGUCAGAAGAAAGCUCUGUCCAACCUUGGAUCAACUGAGAACAUACUACAAAUACUGAAACUGAGACAGGCUUUUGGCAAAACAAAACUACUGGACAGAAGCUUAGACGGCCAAGAAGGAUUUUGGAAGAAACACCAAGAAGAAAACGGCAAGAAGCCAUGGACCAGUCGUGCAUCCAAGAAACUGAAAUCCCAGCCCCUGGUAUCCAAAAGGGCACCAAAGAGUGGCUAUGUGGGUAGGACUGUGAUUCCUCAAAGCAGGAAGCCCAGAACUACUCAAAAGGCUGCAGAGCCCUUCAGCAAGAAACCAGUAUUUACAAACAGAGUUGCGGUAAAUGAGCAAACUGCAAAGGCAACAUCUGCACAAGCUAGAAGGUCAUUACAAGGCCAGCCCCGAAAAACAAGCUCCUACAGCCUGGGAAAAGACAGUGCAUUUACACUGGCUGCAAUACCUAUCCCCAAAACACCCAGGGUCUCAAAGGCAAAGGAGCCACCUGAGACUGCACCAUUAAGGAUGGAGAGGGAAUCAUCACCAAGCAAGAUAGUAGCCCCCCAAGCAGGAGGAACAGUUGAAGAUAUAAAGGGAGACAACUGGCAGACACUGGGCAACUCUUCUGAUGAGGCAGCCUGCAAGCCCAAAACCCACAUUGUUUUCCUGAAGGUACACAAGAGCGCCAGUAGCACUGUUAUGAACAUCCUGUUCCGCUUUGGCGAGACACGCAACCUCACAUUCGGCUUCCCAUUUAAUGGUGCCAGUCAGCUGUUUUAUCCCCACUACUUCGCUGCAGAGUUCGUGGAGGGAUUUGUUGCUGGGCAAGCUUCUCAAUUUAACAUCCUGUGCCACCACAUGCGGUUCCUGCCAACAGAGGUAAGGAACAAACCUCCAAGAACUCACAAACACAGGACACUCCAAGCCUUAAAACCCUUUUUUCCAAAGCAGUCUAAUCCCCAGCACCAUGUGGACAGGACUUGUUAUCUUUCUCUCAGUCUACAGUACACUACUGAUUUCAAGUUAACCCUUCUGUGGAGAUGGCAGUGUAUACUACAGUGGGAGAGUAGGCUUCUCUCUCCUUUUUUCCACUCCUUUGAGUCUUCUUUCUCCCAAUCCCACCUCCAGGUGCAAAGAGUGAUGCCCAGCACCACCUUCUACUUCGCCAUCCUGAGGAAUCCCAUCCACCUCAUGGAGUCAUCCUUCACCUACUACAAAGGGACAUCCGCCUUCUUCCACGCCAAGAGCCUGGAGGAGUUCCUCCAACAGCCAUCCAGGUUCUACAAGGCUGGAGACUCUGACAGCCAAUAUGCUAAGAACCUCAUGACUUUUGACUUUGGCUUCAAUCACAAUGGGGAGGCAUCUGCCAGGCACGUGCAGCUCAUGCUGCAAGCCAUUAAGACAGCGUUCAACCUUAUCCUGAUCUCAGAGUACUUUGAUGAGUCCAUGGUGCUGCUAAAGGAGGCGCUGUGCUGGGACCUGGACAGUGUAGUCUCCUUCCCACUCAAUAGCAGAGAUGGAAGCACUCGGGCACCCCUUCCAGACUUCACUGUGGAGAAGAUAAAGAACUGGAACAAGCUGGACUGGGAAAUCUACACACAUUUCAACCAGACCUUCUGGGAAAAGAUUGACCGAGACAUAGGCCGGGAGCACAUGAGCCAGGAAGUAAGAGCACUGCAGAAAAGACGGGAGCAGCUGGCAAGGACCUGCCUGCAAGAAGGAGAGAGUGUAGCACCUCAAGAAAUCAAGGACCGGUCCCUGCUGCCGCUACAGUAUGGCCAAGCCAGAAUCCUAGGCUAUAACCUGAAGCCAGGGCUGGACAAGACGACAGAACAGAUGUGCCGGCGCCUCAUAACUCCUGAGCUUCAGUACAGCAGGUCUCUGUAUAGCAAACAGUUCCCUCAGAAAGCCCUGAAGGGCCACAGACCAGCUUCUAUGCCCAGAAAGCACAACAGGAGGACAGUAUGAGGUAGGCAA